AUGAACUUCGAUCACUCUGAUAUGGGACACCAUAUCCCUGUUCAGACUUCUGAUAUGGGUCACUCAAUGCCAGGCAUGGAAGAUAAAUGUUCUAUGAAUAUGUUAUUUACAUGGGAUUGGCAAAAUACUUGUGUAGUAUUUAGAUGGUGGCAUAUUAAAUCAUUCACAGGAUUUAUUCUCUCAUUCAUUGCCAUUGUGGUGAUUACAUCUGGUUAUGAAUUUUUAAAAUCUUGGUUUGGUCAAUGGCAAAGAUCUUAUCUGAAUACUUUAAGUGGAUCAGCCGUUAAUACUACUGGAGCUGCUAUUAACAGAUUCAAAUUGAAAAGAUCUUUAUUCUAUGGUAUUCAAGUUGGUUAUUCCUUCUUAUUAAUGUUGGUAUUUAUGACUUAUAAUGGAUGGUUAAUGAUUGCUGUAGCCAUUGGAGCUGCUGUAGGUAACUUUUUUUGGGGUGGAAUUGAUGUUGCAGCAGCUAGUAGAGACUUAUCAUGUCAUUAA